AUACAAAAAGACACAUUUAACACCUUGCAAAUACUUUUAUGUGCAGUUUUGCUGCUUUUGAAUUUAAGAAGUAACCUAAGGUGGUGGAAAUUGAGAACAGACUCUUUUUUUUUUUUACUUCAAGAAUAAAUUGGGCUUUGAUAUAUUUAUAAGUUGCCUAAUUGAAACUGUCCUGUCUGUGAGGAAUGACCUUGUUUAAAAUGAGAGUGUAAGCUGGUGUGUGUGCGUGCUUGUGUGAGCACGAUGUGGGGAUGGGGGCAGAGGGAGGCUGGCACGCCCAAGCUAAAGUACUGAAUGACGUCCGUCUGUUGUGUCUUCUGUAUCGGUGCGCCCUGCUAUUGGCGGACUAUUGGAAAAAUAAAGCAAUCAGCGGCGCGCCGUAGGCGGGUGGAUCGCCGGUUGAUAAAUCCAGAUCUCUCUCCCGUGGGCGGGAACGGCAACAGUAGAAGAGCGAAAGUGAGGCGCAUGAGUAGCGAGAGAGAGAAAGAGACGUGGAAGAACCGAGGCUGUGGCGGCGGCUGUGGUUGACCGGGGUCCGCGGAGGGGGCGAGGCGUCCGCCCCUGCAUGCGACUUCAGCCGCGCAUGGACGACCACCUCAGUCUCCUGCAAUCACCCCCGCCGAGCGCAACCAAAACCAGAGGCGACAACCUGGUGAACCACGGCUACACCGAGACAGAGACCGACGUGAUGACGGUCGUGGCGUGUGACAACAUGCUGGAGGAGUCGGCGGCUUUGCCGGGGCACCACUCUCUGGACCGAUACGAGCCGGACCAUGAGUGCUGCGAGCGGGUGGUCAUCAACAUCUCAGGGUUGCGCUUCGAGACGCAGCUGAAGACGCUGUCACAGUUCCCAGAGACGCUGCUGGGGGACCCCAAGAAGAGAAUGAGAUACUUCGACCCCCUCAGGAACGAAUACUUUUUUGAUCGGAACCGACCCAGCUUUGAUGCCAUUCUUUAUUAUUAUCAGUCAGGCGGGCGCAUCAGGAGACCUGUUAACGUGCCCAUUGACAUUUUUUCUGAGGAGAUCCGCUUCUACGAGCUGGGCGAGGAGGCUAUGGAGAAGUUCAGAGAGGAUGAGGGCUUUAUUAAGGAGGAGGAGCGGCCGCUGCCUGAUAAUGAGUUUCAAAGGCAGGUGUGGCUGCUCUUUGAGUAUCCAGAGAGCUCGGGUCCCGCCCGGGGAAUCGCGAUAGUGUCUGUCUUGGUCAUUCUCAUCUCCAUUGUCAUCUUCUGCUUAGAGACGCUGCCGGAGUUCAGGGACGAGAACAGGGACCCGAUCACCAUUGCGCCUCUGAUAAAUGGCACGCUGCCCUAUUUCAUUAGCCCCUUCUCAGACCCCUUCUUCGUGGUGGAGACGCUAUGCAUCAUCUGGUUUUCAUUCGAGCUGCUGGUGCGCUUCUUUGCAUGCCCGAGUAAAGCCACGUUCUCCAAAAACAUUAUGAACAUCAUUGACAUCGUUGCCAUCAUUCCCUACUUCAUCACCCUGGGCACGGAGCUGGCAGAGAGGCAGGGGAACGGACAGCAGGCCAUGUCUCUGGCCAUUCUGCGCGUAAUCAGGCUCGUUCGGGUGUUUCGCAUCUUUAAGCUUUCGCGGCACUCCAAGGGCCUCCAGAUUUUAGGGCAGACUCUAAAGGCCAGCAUGCGCGAACUGGGGCUGCUCAUCUUCUUCUUGUUUAUCGGGGUCAUCCUCUUCUCCAGCGCUGUCUACUUCGCCGAGGCAGACGACCCGGAAUCGGGGUUCAACAGCAUCCCGGACGCGUUCUGGUGGGCGGUCGUCACCAUGACCACCGUGGGUUACGGGGAUAUGCACCCCGUGACGAUCGGGGGCAAGAUUGUGGGGUCCCUGUGCGCGAUCGCGGGUGUGUUGACCAUAGCGUUGCCCGUGCCCGUCAUCGUUUCCAACUUUAACUACUUCUACCACAGAGAGACUGACGGGGAGGAGCAGGCGCAGUAUCUGCACGUGGGGAGCUGUCAACCCCUGGCGGACACGGAGGAGCUGAGGAAGACUCGGUCUUCCUCCUCACUCAGUAAAAGCGAGUACAUGGUGAUAGAGGAGCACGGGAUCAACAGCGCGUUCAAGCAGCAGCCAAACUUCCCGACCACCACGACCACCGCUCAGAACAACUCUCAGAACUGUGUCAACAUAAACAAAAAGAUCUUCACCGACGUGUAGCCAGCUUUACAGUAAAUGAGUCAAAACUUAUAUGCAGCAGCGUUUGGAAGCAACGGCAGAUAAAAUGAGAGCGACAGGGGGGGGAUAAAAAUGGGCACAGCCCGUCUGUUUUAAAGAGAUGCUUUGUGCGCCAUUCCAACAAUUUGGAUUUUUUAAAAAUCUAUAUAUUUAAGUAAUUCUUGCUUGCAAAAAGAGAACGACCUCCACCUUCACAUCUACUGUUGUUCUCUGAAUGAGCGGUAACGAACCUGCUGUGCGCCGUGCAGUGACCAGUAUGUUAAGCACAUUACAACAGGUAGAGAUAAAAGCUGUAUGACUGUGAAAGACGAGUACAAGUAGAUAUUUCUGAGAAAGGACGCUCACACGGUGUUAUCAUGCGUCAAGAGUCGUGAUUCGACAGUAAUAGCCUAUAUGUUUAAUAUUCGGAGUCAUUUAAAUAUGUGUAGCCUCUGUGUGUGGUCAAGCAGAAAUCAUAUCAGAAUGACGUAGUCCAGCAUAAUAUAUAUCUAUGUCAUAUAAACCGUUUUGUGGUAUACCUUUAUUGUGCGUUAAAGUCUAGUCUAAAUACUACUGUCUUAAAAAAAAUCCAUAGAUAUAAAUUGUCUUGGUAGGCUAUUUAAUGCGUAAGCAGCUCCACGUAAACCACCAGAGUCAAGACGGCCGUCAGGGUCUCAUUAUAGAUACUAGACACACGUGAGGAGGGAGACAAAAUAGGGCGCGUUCUCCGAUCAAAGAUGGGGCGCGUUUCUCUUGUGGUGACCUCAAAUAUAGCCCGCUGUGAUGCAGUCUCCAUGGUGACGCGUGUUUCCUCGGUAACCCUUCCCCCCUCCCCAAGUCACCGUUGCCAUAGCAUCACUGUUUCCACAGUAACCUCCCAGAUGGUUUCAAAGCUAUAUUGGAGAUUCAAGUGUGAGUGGCUUGUCUUUUCGGUGUCUUAAUCAAUCAGACCAAAACAUAUUCAGAUUCAACGACUGUUAAAGACUGCCGGUACAAAAAAAUAAAAAUAAAAAAAUUCAGUGAAGACCUCAGCCACUCUGAACUGGUCAACAAUCCCGAGCCAUGACUCAAAACGGUGUUGUGGUGGGAGACUGAAAGGAAGAGGCAGCGUGUGAAGAAUUAUGAAUGGACUGGGAAUACGUUGCACGACUGUCCCGAGUGCACUACUGCGGGUGGCCAUCGGAGGAUGCUGUUCCACUGACAAAAAAAAAUGGUGAAAGAAUUUGUUUCUGCUCAGACGUCCCGGAUCCCCUGAUGAUCUCAUUUCAGUUGCCUCCCUUCAAGGAUGCAGAGACUUCGUUCUGGUUCUGUUGGACUGGAUAGGCCUGGUGGAUUUGAUCUACUUCCCCUGCCUUCUUAAUUUCAACUGGUGCCCUCCAAUUGCUCCAUCUGAUGUUACUAUAGUACAUCUGAUGUCACAGAAGCUCACAACCACCCUUGGCUCUGCAGCAGAAUAUCUCCAUAGAAACAAAGGAGGGCAGCUGGUAAGAUGAAGAGACUGGGAGAUUCGGCCCUGCAGGUAAACAGAAGAUAUAGCUACUUCCAAUGUCUGCGUUUGUAAUAGCUGCCAGAUCAUUUACUGUAUGUCCGUACAACUUCUGAAAAGGGUGGGAGCUGUGGAACUCUGUCAUGCAUUUGUUAUAUUUACAAUGAUCUGUUACUGUAUGUGUGUCUCUGACAAGAGGAUUGGUGUUCCACGUGUAGAUUGAAAGGCACCGCGCAAAGAUUAUUUGAACAGCAGAUGAGUCAGACUAAUGUCAGUAACACAGGUCAUACUAGAGAAAUGUUGUCAGUAAAAUCCAUAAACUUUUGUUUCAGAACAGAAAAAUGACAAAGGGAUAUUCCAGAAUCUAUUGGACGAAAGCUUGGAAAUGAGAUUGUUCAUGCCACAUUGAUAAUUGGCAAAGAUUUAUGGAAAAAUCUAGUCUGAUCCAAAAAGAUGGCAUCCAUUGCAGUUUAGGCAGAGCAGCUCUUCCUUCUUGGAAUCUCUGAAAGAUUGAGAGCUCAGGAUGCAGACUAGGAAACAGGUUUGUAGUUUAACACACCUCUCUCCUGUUUCUGCACUAUACACUGCCCCUGAGAGAAAAUUUAAUCACAGUAGAUAUUUUGGACAAUAAUGUAGCAACUUUAAUAUAACCUGUACUAUUUUUAAUUUGUUGGUCCCCACUGAGCUUUCAUUCAGAGGUCAGCAAACUGAUUUUUCUCCCCUUACAAAAUAGAAAUUAUUACUGUUACUUCUAUGAUAUAAUGUGAGUGAUUUCACUCAAAUUAACUUUAUGUGUUCUCUGUUUUUUUCUAUAGAAGUUAUGCCUGGCCCUGGAAUUCUGUUUAGCUGAAUGGGGACUUAUGCUGAGCAAUUGCUGCCAAUAAUUUCAUUUUCUGUUAGUCUUUGACCCUGCCUCUAUGUUUAAAACUCCCUCUCUUCUAGACAAAGUAUCCAAAUGAACUUUGUUGUUACAAACUUGUUUUUCAUGACAUAGAUUUUACCACUGACUCAGGAUUUAUAUGUUUGGAUGUGUUUCUCUUGUUGAUGCAGUUAUCAGAUAAACGUUUUACUGUUUCUUUCACAUAGAAAGCACUUAAGGAUCAGCAUCUUGUGGGUGAGGGGCAGUGGGGCUUGUGGUUUUGUGGUGUGUCUACUUAGAUUUCUCAAGCCCCCAGCUGACCACAGCUGAUGGAAUGUAUUGACUUUGAAUAAGUCUGUAUGAUUGGACUAAAAAGAUUUAUGGUUAUAUUCAAUAAAUCCAAGCAUGCAUCUUGCUUGGAUUUAUUGGGGAUCUUUUGUCAUUAAAAGUAAUUAGAAUUAAAAAUUGCUCCUAAUAUUAUACUUAAAUAUAUAUUGUGCUUCCUUUCCUAGAACCUUUAGAAUCUACUGUAAAAUUAAGACAUAAAUGUUCAGUUUUUCACAAAUAUUAUAUAAGACAAUCAUUUAGGGAUUGGUUUUUUUUUUAGGAGUGUUGUAGUGACUUUGCGUGUGGUGUUUUCCUCUUUAGCAGCCUUUGGCAGUGUUGACCAGAAUAGGUUGCCAUGGAUGUUGAUGCUGUUGCUAGUGGUUUCACAAAAAUUCAAUUACUUCUGGAAGCUCAUUGGUUGAUCAGCAACCAGGCAAUCCUGACAGAUACUCCAUACACAAAAUGUGAAAUACAACACCCUCAGAUAUACACUGACGUGACUUCAAUUCCAGAUUUUCUCUCAAUUUCAGUUGUAGUUCUCAGUGGCGUAGGUUGUAUUUUUAUUUUUGUAGCGGUGAUGGGAAAACGACGGUCUGCUGCCAGUCAUGGCAGUUUUUACUGUCAUAGCAAGUAGACAGAUGGUGGAGAGGGUGAUAGUAUAACAUUGGGAAAGAUGCUGCUGUGCUCCACACUGAAUGACUCAUCAUACUGUCACCGUGACCUUUAUCUGUUCACCCUUCUCUACUUAUUUUUCUUCUAUCCACUCCUUUCCAAUUUGAUUUUCUGCAAACUCCUGUCCUGCUGACGAAGUCACAAUCCUUAAUUACCACUUCAUGCGAUCAGUCGGUUAUACAUAACUGUUCUUCAUGAUUAUGUUUUGGAUUUUUUUUUUUUUCACAAACACUCCCUUUGGUCUUCUUAUUCCUCCUGGGAGUAGCUUUAUUCUUCCCUAGGGAUGAAUGCUGUCUUUUACACAGUGUAUCUAGAAGAGGCAUAAACAAAAAACACGCACACUCUUCAUGCCACAGUUAGCUGACUCUUGAUUAUGGCUGUCAGAAUAAAGUUUAAACAUUCUACACCUUAGAAUACAAUUGCUUGGACAUCCUUUAAUUGCUACUUGUUGUGUUGGACCUAUUAAUCUUGAUCAGGUAAAUCUGGGAAUGAUUUGAUAAUUGGUUGUAGGUCAGCAAAUUAGAUAUCGUAAAAUGGCACUGUUCUCCUUCUUUGGAGAAUUUGAAACUAAAUCAGUCUGAGAGUACUCCCAUCUGAGAGUGAACAUACCUCUGAGGGAAGCAGAGGUUGUGAUAAUUCCAGCUGAAUGCAGUCAGCAGGUGAAGAACGUCCAAGGUCAGUUUCUAUUUAUAGGUAUUCCCUUGAGGAGAACAGGAAGAGAAAAUUUAGGUAGCAGGACAAAAAAAAGGAAGGUUUGAAAACAAAGCCAUUAGGAAGUUGGGAUCAGCUGUAACGUAAAUAUAAAGUAUUUAUGUUACGUUUAAGAAGUUAGCUCGUUCAUCAGCUUCUAAAAUUGUAUGAAGACAUGGUAGUCUUUGUGUAUUUGAAUGUAAUAAUUUGAAGAAAGCAAUAAAAUUUAUCUUUAAAACAUUGUUCUAAUCAAUUUUCUUUCCAUAGGCAUGGAAAAUAUUUUCUCAAAAUAUCAGCUACAAAAUCUAUCUAUUUUGUACACCUGCUUAUUUCUUUUCAGUGUGCUUUUGAAAUUCAAACAAAUGUAUUGAUGUGCACUCUGGUUGACUGUGGGUUCAUACAUCAGUGCAUUACCUAAGUAAAUUGAAGGUUUUGCAGUUCGUAAGUGAAUGAUCACAUGCUGCAGAAACAGCAAAGGUCAUCCAGGACAAAGCUCCUCCCCUGCUGCCCCUGCUGUCACAACCUUAUUUCUUCAUUUUGUCUCUUCCCCUCUGCCUUCCUCCACUCAUUUACCACUGCCUUUCUGACUGCAUGAAAAAAGGUGAGGAUUUUCCUAGGGACCAUCAAAGAUGACAGGCCUUUCUACUCCUUUUGGUUAGCAAUAGCUUUUAGCUCCAAACUCUGAGCUGGAUGCCAUUGUUCUCCAGUGUCUUUGUUAUUGUUGAAUCAGAAAAUGCUGGCCCGAACUGACGCAAGCGAGGUCCACAGUUCUUUAGAUGUUGUUCAGGGUUCUUUUGUGUCCUCCCAGAUGAGUCAUCAGUGUGGCUCUUGGUGUUAUUAUGGUAGGCUGACCACUCCUAAGAAGCAUCACCACUGUUAAUGUUUUCUCCAUUUGUAGAUAAUAGCCCUGACUUUGGUUGCAUGGAGUCCCAAAGCCAUAGAAAUGGCUUUGUAACCCCUUCCAGACUGGUUGAUACAAAAUGAUUUUGUUUCUUAACUGUGCUUGAACUUCAUUAAUUCGUUUAAUUAAUUAUCUGUUGCUUUUAUUUAGCAUUUUUAGCCUAUUUCUUGUUGUCAGACAGAUGGCAUUUAAGAUAUUAAUUGAUUCUAGGGGUCUGGAAUAAUAAGGACUGGGACUGACCUAUGAAAUGGAACCACAGUGUGUCGAAAUAAUUAAAAUAAAAUACAUUUGUAAUGGAACAAAUUCUUGUUCUUGGUAGAUAGCAGUGCAGAAACUGGUCACCAGCUCUGAGCAGAGAAACCUGCAGUUGUUUGAUUUGUCAAAUGUCUUAAUGUUUAUUAUUUCUGCACAUUUAUCACAAAGAGAUUGGAAAUAAAAGUGGAAUCUGGGUGGUAUAGAUCAGGAGAAGGUACUGGUCUAAGCCUGAAGACCUCUGGGUUUCCCGCCUGCCCUACUUUUACAACUAUAGGUAAGAAAAACAAGUGAAAACAGAAGCAAAACUUCACAUGCUAAUUCCUGUGAUUAAUAAUUUAAAGAGCAGGUAAUUGCCUUCGUGAGAACAUUAAUAACAUGGCAGCAUUUUUUUUAUUUAGUUUUGUGUGUUUUGAAUGAAGAUGAGGAGGUAAAAAGUUAAUUGUAUAAAUGAUAAUAAAGCCCUUUGCGUUAAACAUCUACCUUAAGUGGCUCACUACUAUCCAGCUGGUGUCUAAAAGUUUUAAGCAAAGGCUUGCAAAAUUAUUCAUACCCCAUUUGUCACAUUGUAACCACAAAACUGCAUGUAACUUGUUCCAGCACUGUUCAGUCCAUGACCUCAAAACAGAAAGA